AUGUAAAUCGAUUGGAAUCACCAAAAGGAAUCUAAACAAUUAUGAGGUGGAGUACUUGUGUGACUACAAGGUAGUAAAGAUUACCAGAGCAAAUGUUUUAUCCCAGAUUGGCUUCUUCUGUCAUUCAUUUUGUCCACUAUCACCUGAAGUCAACCUGGAAAUUCACACCAAUUUUAGUGUUCCUGAGUCUCCUCACCACUUUUAUGUCCUGACAGCCUUCAAACUCCAGAGGACAUGGAGUAUUAUCUUGUAAAAUGGAAAGGAUGGCCAGAUUCUACAAAUACUUGGGAACCUUUGCAAAAUCUCAAGUGCCCAUUACUACUUCAGCAAUUCUCUAAUGACAAGCAUAAUUUUUUAUCUCAGGUGAACAAAGGAAAAGCAAUAACUCUCAAAGACAAUAAUAAAGCUUUGAAACCUGCCAUUGCUGAAUACAUUGUAAAGAAGGCUAAACAAAGAAUAGCUCUGCAAAGGUGGCAAGAUGAACUCAACAGAAGGAAGAGUCAUAAAGGACUGAUCUUUGUGGAAAAUAACAUUGACUUAGAGGGCCCCCCUUCGGACUUCUACUACAUUAAUGAAUACAAACCAGCUCCUGGAAUCAGUUUAGUUAACGAAGUUACUUUUGGUUGUUCGUGCACAGAUUGUUUCUGUGAAAAAUGUUGUCCUGCUGAAGCUGGAGUUCUCUUGGCAUACAAUAAAAACCAACAGAUUAAAAUCCCCCCUGGCACUCCCAUCUAUGAAUGCAACUCAAGGUGUCAGUGCGGGCCGGACUGUCUAAACAGGGUUGUACAGAAAGGCACCCAGCAUUCUCUCUGCAUCUUUCGAACUAGCAAUGGCUGUGGCUGGGGUGUAAAAACACUGGUGAAGAUUAAAAGAAUGAGUUUUGUCAUGGAAUAUGUUGGAGAGGUAAUCACAAGUGAAGAAGCUGAAAGACGGGGCCAGUUAUAUGACAACAAAGGAAUCACGUAUCUCUUUGAUUUAGACUAUGAAUCUGAUGAAUUCACAGUGGAUGCAGCUCGAUAUGGAAAUAUAUCUCAUUUUGUGAAUCACAGUUGUGACCCAAAUCUUCAAGUGUUCAAUGUUUUUAUUGAUAACCUCGAUACUCGACUUCCUCGAAUUGCAUUAUUUUCCACAAGAACCAUAAAAGCUGGAGAAGAGCUGACUUUUGAUUAUCAGAUGAAAGGUUCGGGAGAUAUAUCUUCAGAUUCUAUCGACUACAGCCCAUCCAAAAAGAGGAUCAGAACCGUGUGUAAAUGUGGGGCUCUGACUUGCCGAGGUUACCUCAACUGAGUUGUCAGGAAACUGAACUGAU